CCAGUUCACACGCGGACGACGAUCAAAUAUGGCUUCCUUAACCUACCGCCAUAUCGGGCGGUUAUUGCAUCGUCUACAUUUCUGUAGAAGUUACAGUUCACAUUUUUCUCGGCAGUUUGCUCCUAGUGGGAUUCGAUGCAGUGCAAGCACCUUACAAAAUGCAGCUACAAAAAUUCAAGCAGCAGGAACCCUGCGAGGCAGCCAACGGGUGUUACUUGGCUGGAAGGAUGAGAAGUGCUUUCAUUCAUCAUCAAGAUUUUGCUCUGAAGACUACAUAAUAGUGAAUACCCCACCAUUUGCAGAGUCAGUAACAGAGGGGGACGUCAGAUGGGACAAGGCUCAAGGAGAUGCUGUGGCUGAAGAUGAAGUUGUUGGAGAAAUUGAAACUGACAAGACUAGCAUUCCAGUCACUGCUCCUUCAGCUGGAAUAAUUGAGGAGUUUUUUGUCAAUGAUGGUGAUAAAGUGGAGAAAGGUCAACAGCUGUUCAAACUUGUUCUAACAGGAAAGGGCCCCCCUCCAAAGGAGGCCCCAGCAGCAAGUACACCACCAACAAGUACACCACCAACAAGUACACCAUCGCCCCCUGAACCUUCAGCACCCGCUAAGGAGACUCCUUCUGAAAUUCCAACGACUCCUCCUCCAGUUCCUGAAGUACCUACUCAGCCAAUAGCAGAAAUCAAACCUGGGCCACCCACCCCUGUCCAACAGCCAUCAGUUGCCAUGCCAACAGACAGUCCAUCUAAGGGAGCUCGCUCUGAGCACAGGGCGAAGAUGACCAGAAUGCGUCAGAGGAUUGCUCAAAGGCUCAAGGAUUCUCAGAAUACUUAUGCAAUGUUGACGACAUUUAAUGAAGUUGAUAUGAGUAACAUCUCUGAGAUGAGAAAAAAGCACAAAGACACCUUUUUUAAGAAGCAUGGUGUCAAAUUAGGCUUCAUGUCAGCCUUCAUCAAGGCGUCUGCUCAUGCUUUGCAGAGUGAGCCAACAGUAAAUGCUGUAAUUGAAAACAAUGAGAUUUUAUACAGAGAUUAUGUCGACAUCAGCGUGGCAGUAGCAACGCCUAAGGGCCUUGUUGUGCCGGUGAUUAGGAAUGUGGAAGAAAUGAACUACGCUGACAUCGAAAAAGCUAUCAAUGCUAUGGGAGAGAAGGCAAGAACAAACGAGCUAGCAAUCGAGGAUAUGGAUGGUGGAACUUUCACCAUCUCCAAUGGAGGAGUGUUCGGUUCCAUGAUGGGCACGCCUAUCAUUAACCCGCCCCAGUCCUCCAUCUUGGGAAUGCACGCCAUAAUUGACAGACCGGUAGCUGUCAAUGGAAAGGUGGAGAUUCGUCCCAUGAUGUACUUAGCUCUAACGUACGACCAUCGUUUAAUUGACGGCAGGGAAGCAGUGACGUUCCUUAGGAAAAUCAAGGCAUCUGUAGAAGAUCCCCAUACGUUACUCUUGGAUUUGUAACUUUCCAGGCUAUCAAAGCUUCAAAAUUAUAGUCGACCGUUUUCAAUUUUAAGUCACGGGAAAGGUUUGCUGACCCAUCAGUCGCAGGCGGAGAAUUCUGAUUAAACGUCAUCCUUAUGUCAGCCACUCGAGGUGGCGGAACACCAAGGUUUCAGAAUUUAUUUUUAAUUGAUUCUUUCAUUGUUGCUAGCGCUUUUCCCUCAUUCGAAAUUGCUUCACACAAAUUGAGCAUCAACGUUCUUGGGAAAUGAUUUAAAGUUUUGCUCGUUGACCGACGAAAAAUAUAUCCUUAACAAAGUCUGAGAAAUGA